AUGUUUCCUUCAAUGAUUUUCACGUUCUUGGCUGCCUUUCAGUUCCAUACUUUUGAAUUUCUAGUAUGUGCAACUGAUGAAAAGAGUAUCUUCAUACUCGCCGGCCAUAGCAACAUGACUGGCCGAGGUGGUGUGACAAAUGGGACUUGGGAUGGUUGUGUCCCUCAUGAAUGCCGCCCUGACCCAAGGAUUCUUAGACUUAAUCCAAAGCUGACGUGGGAGGAAGCACUGCUGGAAGGAGAUCCUUGCCUCGGGUUGAUCGGUUUGGUCCCCUGUGCUCCUGGUGGAACCAAUAUAACCGAGUGGAAAAGAGGCUCCGAUCUUUAUUAUCGGCUCUUGAAGAGAGCUAAUGCAGCACUACGAGAUGGAGGAAAAAUUCGAGCAAUUCUGUGGUAUCAAUGUGAAAGUGAUUCUGCAGAUGAAACAAGAGCUAAAAUGUAUAAGAAGAGUUUUGUUAAAAAAUUAUAUGAUAAUUGGCUGCGGGUGGCAUUGGCUUCAAAUGCGGGGCUCUAUUACGAGGUUGUAAGAAAGGUCCAACUGGAAUAUGUGUUGAUGCCAGGGGACUGGAGGUGA